AUGUCGCUCCACGCGCCUAAUGGGGACGAGGCGUGUUCAAGGAAAUGCGAUGCCGAACGAUCCGCCGUCGAAACCUCCCCCUCAACUCCCCAGUCCCCUCGCAAUCACUCCCCUUCCCCCGUCGCUGUCUCUUCCCUACCCCCUCGCGAGCGUCCCCGUUUUCCCCCAUGCGCGCCGGCCCCCGCCCCCUCGCGAUCACUCCCCUUCCCCGUCUCCAUCCCUCCCUUUCCCCACGCUAACACUCCCCUACUGUGUCGCGUUCACUUUCCCCCUCCUCCCAACCACUCCCCUUCCACGUCGCGCUCACCCCUUUCAAAGGGCUAUCAAUGCCCUGCCCCAUCGAUAACUCCCCCUUUCCCCACUGCAAGCACUCCCCUCCCCUGUCCCUAUCACUCCCCUGCCCCUCACGCGACCAUUCCCCAUCCCCCGUCACGAUCACCCCCUCUCGCUGACACGUUCUCGCCCCUUCCCCCUCUCUCGCGUGCACGUUCCCCCCACCUGCGCGCCCUCCCCUUCCCACGCACGAUGCUUGCUCCUGAGCUAUCUCUCCCUUUCCCCACUGCUAGCCAUCUCCUUCCCCACUGCUAUCACUCCCCGCCCACCGCUAGCCAUCUCCCUCCCCAAUGCUAUCUCUCCGUCCCCGUCCAUCUCACUCCCCUUCCCCCACGCGGCCAUUCCCCCUCCCCCGUCACGAUCACCCCCGCACGAUGUCGCGUUCUCUCCCCUACCCCCUCGCUUGCAGGCACGUUACCCCCACCUGCGCCACCGCCCCUUCCCUCGUUGAUAUCACUCCCCUUCACAUCCGCAUUCUCACCCCUGCCCCCUCCACACUCGUGGAGCCCCGAACCUCCCCCCCCAACCCCCGCCAUCCACUGCUCGUCGCCUUCGCCUUCCCUCCCGCCUCCCUUCUCAAUAGCUUCCCCCCAUCCGGUUUUCUGCUUCCCCCUCUCCCCUUCCCUGCUUCCCCAUGUCCCCCCAUCCUCUUCAUUCUUUCCCCUUAUCCCAAUCCCUGCUUCCCCCCAUCCGGUUCUCUCCAUCCCCCCCUCUCCUUCCUUGCUUCCCCAUGUACCCUUCCCACCUUCCCCUUGUCCCCUGCCCCAUGAACCCCCAUCCCCUGCCCUGCUUCCCCUAACCCCCUCCCUGUGUCCCCCCAUCCUCUUCGUUCUUUCCCCUUAUCCCAAGCUCUUCUUCCCCCCAUCCCCUGCCCGUCUUCCCCCCCUCCCCUUGCCUGCUUCCCCCCAUCCCCUUCCCUGCUUUCCCCCAUCAGAUUCCCGCCUCGCCCCCAUCCCCCUCCUUGCUCCCCCUCAUCCCCCUCCCUGCUUCCCCUCAUCCCCUGCCCUGCUACCCCCCAUCCCCUUCCCUGCUUCCCCCCAUGUCCCCUGCGCUGCUUCCCCCCAUCCCCUGCCCUGCUUCCCCCCCUCCCCUUGCCUGCUUCCCCCCAUCCCCUUCCCUGCUUCCCCCCAUCAGAUUCCCGCCUCGCCCCCAUCCCCCUCCCUGCUCCCCCUCAUCCCCCUCCCUGCUUCCCCCUAG